CGUAGUAACCUGACCUGCCCUACUGCCGCUGUAUGAGCUGGAGAGUUUCGGGGGAGUUCUGGGUAGUGUUGGUACGAGAAAUCCAAGGCCAUCGGCUGGUUUUGACGGACUAGACGGCGGGUUACUGAGGAAAGCCCCUUUUAGAGAGACGAGAUGUUGAAUAUGUGGAAAGUGAGGGAGCUGGUGGAUAAAGCCACCAACGUGGUAAUGAAUUAUUCAGAAAUUGAGUCACAGGUGCGAGAAGCUACUAACGAUGAUCCUUGGGGACCUUCAGGGCAACUCAUGGGGGAAAUCGCAAAGUCUACCUUCAUGUAUGAACAAUUUCCAGAGGUCAUGAACAUGCUUUGGACCCGCAUGUUAAAAGACAACAAAAAGAACUGGAGAAGAGUUUAUAAGGCUUUGCUCCUUCUGGCAUACCUCAUAAGAAACGGGUCAGAGAGAGUUGUGACGAGCACCAGAGAACACAUCUAUGAUCUGCGCUCUAUAGAAAAUUAUCAUUUUGUAGAUGAGAAUGGGAAGGACCAGGGAAUCAAUGUCCGGCAGAAAGUGAAGGAGAUGGUGGAUUUCGUACAGGAUGAUGACCGUUUACGAGAAGAGAGGAAGAAGGCAAAGAAAAACAAGGACAAAUACAUUGGGGUGUCCUCAGACACUCUCGGAGGAUUCAGAUACAGUGGUGACAGAUAUGACUCUGAGCCCAAAUCAAAAUGGGACGAGGAUUGGGAUAACAACAAAGGCACAUUCCCAUUCAGUGAAAAGCUAGGUGAAAUUGGUGACAAGAUUGGAAGCACAAUUGAUGACACGAUCAACAAGUUCCGUAACAAAGAGAGAGAGGAGUCACCCGAGAGGCUCAGUGACAAUGAAGAAGAGCGAGCAUCCAGAAAUGGCAGACCUGGAAAGUCAGAAUUUAAAGAUGAGGAAGAGACUGUUACAACCAAAAGCGUUCACAUCACACAGGCCACAGAAACCACCACAACCCGGAAACGUGGCGUUCCCAGCAAAACCGUGGACCUUGGAGCAGCAGCACACUACACAGGGGGCAACAGCAGUCCUGACCUUGUGGGACAGACUGCAGUCAAGACUCAAGCUGGCAUUACAUCCUCAAAUAGUGGCCUGGAAGACCUGUUUAUGGUAGACUCUGGAGUGGGAUCUAGUCAUGCAGCACCAGCAGGUGGAAGUGCUGAUCUUUUUGGGGGAUUUGCAGACUUUUCUUCGCCAGCUGCUUCAGCAAGUUUGCCUUCAGGACCUGGUACAGUAACAAGUGGCAAUGGCGACUUUGGAGAGUGGAAUGCUUUUGGUACAGGCCACACUGCCGCUGCUCCUCCUGUGGCGUCAUCCAGUGCUGACCUGUUUGCCAGCAUUCAUCCUGCUCCAGCCCACAUCCCUGCUACCCCAUCCACUGACUUGUUUGACCUGUUAGGUUCGGCUCAAGCAACCAUGACUGCCUCCCAAAGCAUGAACUUUGCUAUGUCCAGUACAAGCACUGUGGGCAUGACCACAAACUUGCCCAUGUCAAGGUCACAGCCUUUGCAAAAUUUGUCUGGACCAGUGCAAAAAAAUCAAAUUUCAGCUCUCCAUAUGCAAGAGGCCCAAAAGGGUGACAAGAUCACACUGCCUUCAACCUGGUCUGACCCUAGUGUCAAUAUCAGCCUGGACUAUCUGGGAAUGCAACCCCCCAAAACUGCACAACCAUCCCUCAACACAAUGAUGCAGCAGCAAGGUGUGCAAUCGCCCAUGAGCAUGAUGGCUCAAAGCUUUUCAGGCAUGAACCUCAACAUGCAGCCGGGUUCAAUGCCAGCCAGACCACUUACAAACCCAAUGGCUGGAGGAGGGGGCAUGAGCAUGGGAAUGCCCAACGUGAUGGGCACUGGCAUACUGGGCAUGAACCCCGUGGGCAUGCCUAUGGGCCAACACAGCAUGAUUAAUCAGGGAAUGGUUGGGAUGAAUAUAGGCAUGGGGGUGCCAGCAACUGGAAUGGGCAUGGGGGUUCCCUUUGGAAUGGGUAUGCCCACUGUGGGCAUGAACCCCGGCACGAGCUCAACAGUAGUUCAACCCAAACAAGAUGCCUUCGCAAAUUUUGGCAACUUCAACAAAUGAAAAGUUGUGACGAUCCUGUCUAAAAAUUGAAUGAAGGAUUAAGAGCUGCACUCAGAGUACUUGAAAACAUUGUAUGCCGUCACCCCUUUUUUUAUUUUUUUGUAUUGAUUGAACCAAGAACAAGUUUUGUGAAAUGUACUAGCUAGUUUUGUAUAGGGGCAAGAUCUAUUGUUGGAAAGCUCUAAUGGUGUGAACGUACGCAGUGUUUUUUUUCUUACAAAAAAAUCUUAAACCGGUCCCUUCACAAAUACUUUGAACACAUUUAAGAACAACAGAGGGAUUUUAGUGUUACUCAGUAUCCUAGCUGAGGAGGCUGCAGUUGACGGAGCAAAGCUGAUGAAGUUUAAAUUUUGUACCUGUGUUUUUUUUGGGUUUUUUUUCCAGACCCUUCAUUUAUUUUUCCCUUGUAAUGUUAUUAAAACUUAUCAAAUUACUCAUUCCAUAUACAACCUCACAACGUCCAUAGCUUAAAAUAAAUGAUUCUCUAAAUGUGAUGGUUAACUUUGUAAAUAUAUUCUUUGGGUGAGCAACAUAUAAAUAAAUUGUGUUCAAGGAGCCUAUUGGAAGGUAUGAUAAACUGAUGGGUAAAUUAAAAUUCAUUGGAUCCUUUUAAAGUGUCUUCUCUUAAGAAAGAUCAUUGAUUGGAAAUGGCAAAAUAUCAACCUCCACUUUUGCCACACUGAAUUGAUGUGGUCUUUAUAAUUUAUAGUUUAGUUCAGCAAUUUAAAGCGGGCUAUUUAAUAAAACAUUAACAUGUUUCAAAUAAAAUGAAAGGUUGUUUUAACUAUGGACAUUUCUGUGGCCUUUCUAAUGGGUUUAUUUUUUUUAAAGUAUGAUCAGUAUGAUGAGUUUUACAUCCAACUGAUAAAUAUUUGUAGUUUUUAGACAGAUUAAUUCCAGGGCUCUCGUCAUUAUGAUCCUCAACUAAUUCAGACUGCCGAAUACUUUGGUUAUUGCCUUUUGUAUUUAUGAAAAAAAAUAAUAAAUAAAAUUAAGUUUAUCUAUUUAUGAAAAGGCCAACAUACGCACAAAUAUAUAUUUUAUUUGAGAAAUUAGAUUAUGAUUUUGACAAAUGUAGGAUUAUCUAUUUAACUCUUUAAUUAAAACAGAAAUAAUAUAGUUUGAUAUGUGGUUUCCUGGUUCUAGCCACUAGAUUAGAGAUCUCUAACCCUGAUCCUGGAGAGCUACUGUCGCUGCUGGUUUUCGUUCAAACCAAUCUCUGUUAGUUUGUUAAACCAAUUAUUGGCUUAAUUACUCAAGAUUAACAGGUGUUACCGAUCUUUAGCCACUGAUGAUGUAAAGACACCUAUAAAACUUGCUGGAUAGGGGCUGUCCAGGACCAGGGUUGGAGACCCCUGCACUAGAUAGACCAGCUGUGAAGUGUAUAACCCCAAAAAUCAGAAUAUGAAAAUGUUAAUCUCCUGUGUCCAGUUAGAAAAUAUUAAAAUUCUUACUGUAACUGAAAUAAAUCAUUCUGCAAAGGACAUACAAUAGCACCAGUGUUAUGAACUGUGUUCAAACUGUAUAGAAAUCUUGCUGUAUAAUAACGGACGCAUUUAUGUUGGUGUAAAAAGAAGAAAAAUGGCCUUCACUUUUCAGAGGUUUAUACUUUAAUGAUUUUGACCAAGGGAUAUUUGGUUUUAAUAUUAAGAAUAUUAUGGAGGAGCUAGUUUAUUUGUUUUUUUUUUUCUGUUUUCUUUAAAUCAUGACCGUUCUGUAAUAUUAAAGCCAUGGUGUAUGCUUUUGGGAUGGGAGCAUUACUAAAAAUAACACUAUGUAUUAGUUAUGCAAAAACAUGCUUCUUUCCAGUGCUGAAUAUUUACUUUUCUAUUCAAUCCAUUGUCUGUUUUGAUUGUACUCAUUAUGAUUUUAUGUAACAUUAAACAGUCCAUUAAAACUUGUUUUAAUGUCAUGUUUAAUACUCAAUAGUUUGCCUGUAUUUUAUUUAAAGUGCAACAAGACACACUUUGUGCAUUUGUUUUUU